CUUUAGAUGUGAUAAAAUGAGUGAUUUACUCAGAUUUAAAUUUAGCGCGUGGUGACGCUAGUGUCGUUUUUUACUAACAUCCGCUGUCAAGUCGGCCAUUUUUUCCUCUUGUCCAGUUUGUUGUGUUACAGGUACACAAUGUCUGCCCAUUUAGUGUGGAGCAUUAUCCGCAAUAACAACGCUUUUUUGCGUAAAAAGCGCAACAUUGGCAAACCUUUCAGUACUGAACCCAACAAUUUGACAAACUUGAGUUCGUACAGAUAUAACGGCCUGAUCCACAAAAAAACCGUUGGUAUUGUGGACGCGCCUGAUAAGAAAGGCUUUACUGUCGUGUACAAAAAAGCCAGUAAACAGAAUAAACCAAGGCAAUGUAUCGUGAAACGCACGAUGAAAUCGGGCCCCAGACGCUCUUUGGCCAAGCUUGAGAGGCUUUUGAAGGCCAACAAAUACCGCACUGACUUGUCCAAGGCGGCCCUUCGCAGAGCCAGUGCCGUCCUCAGGUCACAAAAGCCCCUCCCCGCCAAAAAACCCAAGGCGAAGAAACCAGAAUAAGAAAUUAAUAAAAAUUUCGUAUUAAAA